GAUUUCCUCUUCCAGAAGGAGCUGUUUGCUGUCCGAGACACAGACUCCAUGCACAACCUCUCUGCUCAGCCCUGGCAUUUGAAGAUGGCCAACCUGACCUACGACAACUUCACGCUGGGCAACCACUCCGAGGUGGCCAUCCAGCCUCCCACCAACUACAAGACAGUGGAGUUGGUUUUCAUUGCCACAGUCACAGGCUCGCUCAGCCUUGUCACUGUGGUGGGGAAUAUCCUGGUGAUGCUGUCUAUCAAGGUGAACCGCCAGCUCCAGACUGUCAACAACUACUUCCUCUUCAGCCUGGCCUGUGCAGAUCUUAUCAUCGGGGUCUUCUCCAUGAACCUCUACACGGUCUACAUCAUCAAAGGCUACUGGCCGCUGGGGGCCGUGGUGUGCGACCUGUGGCUGGCCCUGGACUACGUGGUGAGCAAUGCCUCUGUCAUGAACUUACUCAUCAUCAGCUUUGACCGGUACUUCUGUGUCACCAAGCCCCUGACCUACCCGGCCAGGAGGACCACCAAGAUGGCAGGGCUAAUGAUCGCGGCUGCGUGGAUAUUGUCCUUCAUACUCUGGGCCCCUGCCAUCUUGUUCUGGCAGUUCAUUGUGGGCAAGAGGACAGUCCCUGAGGGGGAAUGCUACAUCCAGUUCCUCUCCAACCCAGCAGUGACCUUUGGCACAGCUAUCGCUGCUUUCUACCUGCCCGUGGUCAUCAUGACGGUGCUGUACAUCCACAUCUCCCUGGCCAGCAGGAGCAGGGUGAGGAGGCACAAACCCGAAAGCAGGAAAGAGAGGAAAGGCAAGUCCCUCAGCUUCUUCAAGAGUCCCCAUAUCAAACAGAACAACAAUAACUCCCCCAAGAAGGCCAUGGAGGUGAAGGAGGAGGUGAGGAACGGGAAAGUCGAUGACCAGCCCUCCGCACAGACAGAGGCCACUGGCCAUCAGGAGGAGAAGGAGACCUCCAAUGAGUCCAGCACGGUCAGCAUGACCCAGACCACAAAAGACAAGCCUACGGCAGAAAUCUUGCCAGCAGGGCAAGGUCAGAGCCCGUCCCACCCCCGCGUGAACCCAUCUUCCAAGUGGUCCAAGAUUAAGAUUGUCACCAAACAGACGGGGACCGAAUGCGUCACUGCCAUUGAGAUCGUCCCAGCUAAGGCCUCUGACCACAACUCCCUGGCCAACAGCCGCCCGGCCAAUGUUGCCAGGAAGUUUGCUAGCAUUGCCAGGAGCCAAGUACGGAAGAAGCGCCAGAUGGCAGCCCGGGAGAAGAAAGUCACUCGCACCAUAUUUGCUAUCCUGCUGGCCUUCAUACUCACAUGGACACCAUACAAUGUGAUGGUCCUCAUUAACACCUUCUGUGAGACCUGUGUACCUGAAACGGUGUGGUACAUUGGCUACUGGCUCUGCUAUGUCAACAGCACCAUCAACCCAGCCUGCUAUGCCCUCUGCAAUGCCACUUUCAAGAAAACUUUCAAGCACCUUCUCAUGUGCCAGUACAGGAACAUAGGCACAGCCAGGUAAACUGGCACUCAGGGACCACUUCAGCAACAUCAUGGAAGCCCUUCCCUUUGCCUCCUUUGCCAGAGGGGUUCCUCUGCUCUUCACUCACAACAGUGCAGACUGUGCAGUGAUUGCACAUGAUGCCCUUCAAACAUUGCUGACAAAGGUCCAAGGCAUCUUAGAGCUGCAGCUCCUUCUAGUCACCCUGGGCCUGAGGACUAGUUUGGGGAGCCAACAGGAAAGCUGGUGGCAACAGGAGAUGUGAUCACCAGGAGCCCUCCCCAGCUCCCUGCUCUUGAGAGGUUGGCCUAAUGGCAUCAGUGUUUGUCCUAAGACUGGAUGCCUCUUCUCCCUCUGUCUGACCAUCUCAAGGGCAUCAGAGCUUGUCUGCAUGCAGGCGGCCGAAAGCUGGUGCUUUCAAUAGGCUUGUAAACCAUUUAUUACCCAAGAAAUGAAAAGAAACCAGGGCUAAACAUUUGCCAGCCAUCUUGGAGCCAGCUGGCUCAGGUGUGUUCAUGGGGAGUCCUGCCGGCCCAGCCAGGCCCCCUCGCGUGGCAGCCAAGAUUGCACCCUAGCAGAUGUGGCAAACUCCUUAACUUUCCCUUGAGAGACACCAUUGUACAUCCUCACCCAGGAGCCUGGGGGGAGGUGGAAUUUUUCCCUGGGCUUCGGCUCUGCCCUCCCCU